AUGGCUGCUCAGAGGAAGGGUAGGGAAGAAGUGAUCAUGACCUUCCAUAUUCCUAAAGUUCCCAAAAUUAAGGGGGACCGAAAAUACAAAAGGGCUACCCUCCCCACCAGCAGUCACCCAGGUGCAUCGAUGUCACCCCAGAGGCGGCGGCAUCAUGUGGAUCAGACACACAUCUACUUCCGAAUGUUCUGUGGCAGCCUCUGCGGGUUCGGCAUCCUCAUGAUGCUUAGCACGUCCCCAAUGAAUUGGGUGGAGCUCCUGGUGAUCAAAAGCGGCCAUGAGCUUUACGAAGGACUCUGGGUCACCUGCAGCCACGAACUGUGCUGGCGACAAACGGAAACAUCAUCUUAUUAUCUCCAAUAUUCCAGGGCCACCUUCAUCAUCUCUGCCCUCUUCAUCCUCAAUGCACUUGGCUGCCUUAUCGCCUCUUGCCUCCCUAGACGAGGAGGCAUAGUAGACAACCUGGAUCUGAAGCUAUCCAUACUCAGUUUCCUGUCAGCCAUCUGCUUGCUCCUCUGCCUCGUCCUAUUUCUGGAACAGGUUAAUUGGCACGCGAGGGAUAUUAUGGAGGUAGAUUUUCUAUGGACUUAUCAUCUUAAUUGUUGGUGUGACCUCUUGUACACCCUUGCUGGGAUUAUUUCCUUCCUCAACCACCUACAUGCCAGACAACUUCCUGAACAAAAUGUCAGUGCGAAACCUGUAGAGAAGUCAAGGCUGGGGGUUGGCCCUGUGACAGAAGCAGAACUGUUUGAAGUCAAAGGACCAGCACUUGAGAAAGAAGCUUUACCUGUGAAGACAUAA